AUGGCAGCUGGCACGCCUGACGAUAAGUUCCAAAAGCUACGCGAGGAGAAUGAGCGACGUCGCAAGAAGAAAGAAGAGGAAGAAAAACGGCGAAAACAGGAGGACGAACAGAAGGCGAAAGAGGCUCUGGAGCGCAGGCGUCAGGAGCGUUUGGAGCAGGAUGAACGCAUGCGCAAGCCAUGGCAGCAGCCUCCCGCUCCUAAGAAACCCAUCUUGCGGAAAGGAGCCAAGCAAAAGCCUGUGCAGCCUGGCGGCAGCCCCUCUGUGGACCCCGUACGACAGUCCCAAGCGGAGGAGAAGAGGAAGGAGUGGCGGCAGGGGCUGCAGGACUUCAUAAAGCAGCAGCGGCAGCAGGCGGCAGCAGCAAACAAGGCACCGGCUGCGGCGGCGCCGGCUGGCGUGACCCCCCCGGGGGCGGACGGAGCUGGCCCCGUGGUGCCGCUUACGUGGGAGGAGCUUCGAAUGGCGGCUGAGGCGGGAUUCGACGAGCUGCUGAGGCAACAGGAGUUGCAGGCGGAGCAGCGUGCAGCAGAGGAGCCGACCUCGCGCGCAGCUCGUCAUCGGUCGCCCUUUAAGAGUCCUUUUCGCGGUGCUCCGGCUCCGCCGCAAGAAACAGUCCAAGUGGCGCUCGUCCCAACGCAGCAAUACAACAGUAACGGUGUGGCGGCACCGGCCGCGGUGGCAGCUGCGACCCACGGGUCACCCCGCCCUUCACCACGCCAGAUGGUGCCAGAUUCCGGUAGCGGCUCUGCUGCCGCUGCCCAGCGUGGUAGCUAUAAGUACAAUGACGACCAGGGCCCAAAUGGGUCAUCGGCAACACCCGUCCGGCCGUCGGUGCCGCUGCCGCCGUCGCCAAACCAGCACCAACAGCACCAACAGCACCAGCAGCACCAGCAGGCCCAAAGGGGAGCCAAUGCCAGCAACGGCUCUGAUAGCCGUCCGCAACAACAUUCACCCGAUGCGGCCACGGGGGGCGACUCGGCCUUCGAGGGGACUCCGGAGGCGGUGCUGUACCCGCCCUUCCCCGCAGACAGAAACCCUCAAGGCAGCUUGGGUAGUUUGGCAGGUGGCGGCGAGGGUGUUGUUACUGGCGACGCGCAGCUCGCCGCCGCCGCCGGUGGAGGCAGUCUCGGCGGAAGUGGGUUCGGGGGAGCUGGGAGCGUGACAAGCUCUGGCGGUUUGCGUCGUGGCGUGACGUCGACGGCGCGACACCGGGCUGCACCGGUGGACCCGACGUCGCUGGACAUGGCUGAGCGAUCGGCGGCGCCUGCUGAAGCUGCCAGUGACCCAUGGGUCGCUGGGGCGCCGCCGUUGCCGCCGGACGAAGACGGCUUGGACGACUCUGCUGCCGCGUCGCCGCGCGUCUCGCCGCGAAGUCCCACUGGGCGCCGGGCUCCUCUUCCCGGGCCUUAUGACGCGGGUUCGCAACAGCAAUGGCCGCCGCAGGCAGCGGUAACGGAGCCGUACGCCCCGGCGGGGGCGGCGGCAGUGGCGGCGGGGUCACGUGCGCAGCUGGGAAUUCCGUAUGAUCCGUUGGAGGCAAGCCUUCAGGCGGAGGAAACACUGGCGGCGCAACAGCAUGCCGAGGGAUUUCGGCUGUCAUCGCCGCGCUCCUCCGGAAGCUUGCCACCGCCCGCUGUUGACCAACCGCCGGCACUUCAGCCGCCGCAAUCUCAGCAGCCUGCUGCCCGACAGGACCAGCGCCACCACGCGCGUCGAGGCUGGGGCAUGCCAGCUCAGCAGCCGCCGCCGCAGCCCUCUGCCGCUGCCUCCGCUGGUAAUGGUGCGCACUUGCCCGCCGAUCCGUCGCCGCCGCCGUGGGUGCUCAACGGCGCCGCCGCCGUGGGCGCGUCGGCGGCUGCGGUGCCGGCGACGGCGCAAUGGGGCUCAAAUUCGGUAGAGGCAUCAGAGGUGCCUUCCAAGUCGGGUUUCGGUGCCGAGUUUGGGAUGGCAGCGGCGUACGGCAGCGGCGGCGGCGCGGCGUCUGCAGCAGAGCUCCCGUUGCGGUCCGAUGCGGGGCCAGCUUUGCACCAGGCUCCGUCACCAGCGGCGAUUCGACACAGCGUAGCCGUCGGCGAUAGCGGCGGACCUGACAUGUGGCAGCGGGAGUCUGUCGUACUGCUGAAUGGCUCCCCGCAGUACGGCUCGCCGCCGCGUCCGCUAUCCGCCGUCAGCCCAUCUCCCCCGCCGGAUCCACCUGACGUGCCGCUGCCGCCGCAACUCCCUGUGCCAUCAUCGUCGUCGCCGUCGUCGUCACCGCGUCCGGAUGAUGAGGGGUCCGAUGGCCGGCUGGCGGACCGGACAGCUGCGACCCGUGGGUCGGCGGCCUCGCCGCAGCAGGGUCCAACCACCUCUCCUGGAGCGGUUGGAGUCGCUCCAAGGGCCGCGACUUCCCGUGUGGACGUCAGCGGUGACCUGGUGCGAUUCUCCUCCCCCCCGGGACCUAGCAGCCGUGCGCCUUCCGACGGCUCUGCCCACACAGGAUCCCCACAACAACUUCAACCUGUGAGCCGCAGCCAGGAGCUGCAAAGAGCAGACGGCGCGCAGCAGCACACGCCGCCACAGCCCCUGCCACAGCAGCAACAGGAUCAGCAACAGCAACAACAGCAACAGCAACAACAGGCGUUCGAACCUACUUUCCCCAGUGCCUCAAGCUCGGCAUCCAACGUACCACCGGAGCCACCACAGGGUUUUUCAGCCGUACGGCAAUCGCAGUCACAGCCGCAGGGCCCUUUACUCCUUCCGCCCAUCGCUCCAGGAAGGCCGCUGUCUGGAUCCGCCGCAGUCCGGCAGUCCAGCUCCGGCGUCCAGGUCGCCUCGGCUCCCCCGAUCUCCCUCCCGCCGCUCGCCUCACAGGGCGGCGGACCCGCGGGUCACAGCGAGGGGGACAGGGAUGCCGCCGCCGCCACAGCGGCGGUAAUGCAGCUACAGCCGCCGCCGCCCUUCCGGGCGCCGUCACCGCCGGCGUCGCCGCCUCGAAGCAGCGGCGCCUCGCAGCGCUACCUCCGCCAGCACUCGUCGGCGUCUCUGCUGGCCGCCGGGGGGCCAGGUUCCAGCGGUGGCGGCGCCGCCGCCGUCACGGCGGCAGCGCGGCGGGCCUCCUCCGACGGGCAGAGCGUCACCGCUGCCGUCGCUGCCCCAGAACCAGCACUGUCUGGGGACGCAGGACACUUAGGAACACGACGCGACGCUGUGGCUGUAGCACCGGCUGCGGCUGCGGCGGCGCUACAGCUUCCGGAAGCGCAGCAGCUACAGCCGCAGCCACCAGCUUUGCCUAAUGCGUGCCGGCCAUUAUCCCCGCCAGGCCCGCCGGGAGCCGCGUCUGCGCCAGGACAAUCGCGACACGACCUGCAAGCACCGCCGCCGCCGCCGCCGCCACAGCAACAGCCGCCGCCGCCGCCGCAGCCACAGCAACAGCAGCCUUGCGUUGCGGCACAGGCGCAGGAGCCGGCGGGUAAUCCGGAGCGCCAUUCCGCUCCAGCUCGCCAAGCGAGUGCAGCGGCGACCGACGCUUUCGCUGCCGGAAUACCCCGGAAAGCCGGCCUGGUGUCUAGAGCCCACGGCACCACUCCUACGACCCCUGCGGCAGGCGCCGCUCUAACGGCAGCGAAUCGCCCGGCUAUGCCAGCCAUGACGGUGCGGCAUACACGCCAGCAGACCCCGCAGCUACAACCACAGCCGCCGGCGCCGCCGCCGCAGCAGCAACGGAUGCUCGCUUCCACGGAGCAUCCUCAGGCGCAGCCGCAACCACUGCCUGCGUCUCCUUCUCAGCUACAGCCGAUGGCGAUGCAGCAACAACAAGAACAACAACAACAGCAGCAGCAGCAGCAGCAGCAACAACAGCUGCCGUACUCUACUGCAGCGCCCGUAUCCUCACCAGACGUAUCCUCAUCAGGCAUCCCAAUGCAGCUGGAGCGGCUUGCAGCGGAGGGCAGCCCAACGGGAACUUCUAGAAGGUUCGACGGGGCCCCCAUUGGGCCCAGAUCGUCCCAGAUGGGCUCACAUGGCACGUCAGUUGACUGCCGUACCUCCGACAGAGCCGCACCUCCUGUGGUCGCAGAGGAGUCGAGCGAGUUCGGCACGAGCUGCGGCGCGGCUGGACUCGCCAGCUCCGCCGCCGUCGCCGCCGCCCCUGCAGCGGCUGCUGUCGACAAUGGGCUUGUGUACGGCAGGGCGGAGGACGCGCAGGCAGCGGCGGACGUGGAGUUGGAAGGAGACGGAGAUUUGGAGGUCGAGGUGGAGGUGGAAGCGGAGGAUUCUGCCGCUGCCAUCAUGGACGGUGGCGGCGGCGGCGGCGGCAUCAGCGGCGUACGGAUGGACGCCGCGAUGGACAGCUCCCUGGAGCGCCCUCCUGGAACCGCGGAAGGUAGCGUCCUGACGGGCAGCCACAUCUCCGCAAGGCCCUGGUCGGGGCCAAGUUCCGGUGGCCUCGGUGGCGGCGGCGGCCGGAUCGCCGGAUCCGGCUACCAGACCGCCCUCCUGGACGACUCCGUCUCCAGUUUCGGCUUUCGGCUCCAUUCCGCGCCCACCUCACGUCCCACCUCGUCGUCGGCGUCAGCAUCUGCGUCAUGUGUGCCGUUAGCGCCGUCGUCGCCAUCGUCCCUAGUCUACCCAGCGACGCUGCCGCCGUCGCCAUCGCGGCGGGCUGCUGCCUCCACCGGCGGCGCCGCCAAGGCAACGGUGCCUAACGGUGGCCCGUUGAGUUCGGCCGUUGGGAUGCCAUCGCGGUCUGGGACGUGGAAGGAGCCGAACGGCGCAGAGGGUCCUCCACUGAAUGCGGUGCCGCAUUCAGCGUGCGAAUCAUCCGUGACGAGGGACACCGUCAGGCGGAGCAAGGGCCCAACGGGUCCCGGUCUCGGAGCGACCCGCGGGUCAGCUGUUACAACGAACCUUGCACCUCGCAAUGGCGUUGCCGCCACUGGUGCUGCUGGUGCUCCUCCUGCUCCUCCUGGUCCUCUUGCUGUAGCGCCUAACAGCUUUCAGGUUCUUCAGCGGCCAGCUGGCGGUAGAGUCAGCGGCGGCGGUUACAUGUACGGAAAUCCGGACGACGCCGACGGCGGUGGGGAAGGACAGCCUUUUGUUGAGGAGCCCGUCGAUGAACCUGACGGCCUGUACGACGGCGGCAGCGGCGACGCAGCGACAGCGGUUGGGGGUUCUGAUGCAGCGGACGGCGUCCAGGCGCCGUCUGCAACUGCUGCUGCAGAUCCGGAUCUCGAUGCGCUGAUGCGUGAGAUCCAAGAGCUGUCGGCGCUUCGUAAGGCCCUCAAAGCGGAGUUUGAGAUCAUGGGACAUGGGGACGCGGUCGCCGGGCUCAGGACGCUGUCCGCCAACUUCAUGGAGCUGUCGCCGCCGGCGGCGGCGGCGGCGGCGGCGACGGACGCCGGUGGCGGCGGCGGCGGCCAUGACGCAGGACCGUCGCCGUUACCGCCGCCGCCGCCGCAUCUGGGACCCGAACCAUUGCUUCAAUGGAAUCUUCCCGGCCAGCCCGCCGUGCAGGGACCGAUUGUUGCCAAAGCCGCCGCUGCGCCAAUCACGGCAGCGGCGACGGCUGCGGUGCCCGUGCCUUCUGCUGUGCUUCAGCACAUGCACCCGCUUGCGCAGCAACAGACGUCGCCGCCGCUCCCCAAUGCUCAGUACAGCCACUCCCACUCUCAGCAACAGACGCCGCUGCUGCCGCCGCCGCCACAGCAGCACCACCAAAACCACGAUCUGGUCGCGGCGGCGGCGAUUCAACGGCAUUCCGCGCCGCACCCGCCAGCCCCGGGGGCAGGAGGACCGCCGCCGCCGUCGCUACAGCCUACGAUGGCGGUAAAUCCUCCUAGCGCUUUCCCAGCUCAUUCAGUGACGCCCGAUGGCUUCCCGAUGGCAUUUCCGCCAGGGGCGGAGCUGGGCCGCCCUGCCGUACAAGUUCAGGGACAUGGCAAUCAUCCAGACGGUUGGACCGCAGCGGUGCCGGCGGUAGUACCUGCUACUGCUACUGCUACUGCCGUGCUAGCGGCGGCACCGGCGGUAGCUCCCUCCGGCGGUGCGGAGGACGGCCAAGGCGGUUCCUUCGCUUUUGCGUCGCCGGCUGCGCCAGCCCUUGACAGCGUUGGCCUCAUCGCCGGCGGCGGCGUAGAGAUGCCCGUACAGCACGUGCAGCCCGCGGCGCUGGUGCGGGCGCCAGCGGCGGCGUCAGCGCCAGGUCAUCAACCGCUACAACCGCUACAAUGGACGAUACCCGUAAGUGGCGGCGACAUGGCCGCCGUGCCGCCGUCGACGUCAGGUAGCGCCGGGGCAACCCCCCGCAAGGCGGCGGCUGCGUCGUCGCCGCCGCCGCCGCAGCAGCAGCAGCAGCAACAGCCCAAGCGGUCACCUUCUGGCGGCGGCUACUCGGUGCCUGCCGUAGCUGCUGCAGCUGUGGAUAGUCCCGGGUCUGCAUCUGGAGCUGGUGCAGCACGCCGCGCAGGCGGCAUCGCAACGGCCCAAAUGGCGGGAGGAACGGCACCGGUCGGCCGCCAAGCCGCCAACGCCAACGCUGCCGUCAGCGGCGGCGGUGGCGGCGGGGGCGGCCCGGUAGCAGCGGCGCCUGCGGAGCGGCCGUUGAUAAACGAAGGCAGUUAUGCGCAAGCUGCUGUGCAGGCCCGUCAGCGCGCGGAGAGGGAGAGCGCGGCUCGAGAGGCCCUCCAGGCCGAAUCUGCCGCCGCAAAGGCAGCCAUCGCGCGGCGGAGCAAAUCAGAGCGUACGGCAGUGGUAGCGGCGGCGUCGCCAACCGCUGGCGGCGGUGGCGGCGGCGGCGACGGUGUCCCUGCCCCGGCGGCGGCGGUGACGCCACCUCGACCUAGCCGCGAGGACUCGCUAGGGAGCGAUUUUGAUUUUCUGGAGCGGGCUUCGGAUAUCUCGGACACGGAAACAGACUCGCCAGAGGCGUACGGCGUCUUCUCGAAGGCGCCGCCGCCGCGACGGGAGGCAUUCGCGUCGCCGCCGCCAGCGGGCGCGUCGCCGGCGGCUAGUACGGCCUAUCGGGAACGUCUGGCGGAGGCGCGACCACACCCUCUACGAAUUCCCUCUUCCGCCGCCGCGACGCCGAUGGGCGGCGCCAGUACCGCCAGCACCGUCGCCAGCCGUGCCGUACCGACGGGAGGACGCGGUGGCGCGGCAGCGGCAGCGGGACCUGGCGCCGUACGACACGGCGGCAGGGGUCCGUCAACGCCCUUCACUGCGGCAAUACGGGAGCUAAUGGGUUUGCCAGGUUCGGCCCCGUUGGAGCAAUCUCGUGCCGCCGCCGGCAAACAACAGCAACAGCAGCGGGGCCAGGCCUCGGUGCCCCAGGGCCGCGGGCAGCGGGGGGAAGGUGCGCCCCAGCAGCAGCAGCCGCAGCCGCCGCAGGGCGGUGGUGGCGGUGGUGGUGGUGGUGGUGGUGGGCCCAUACGGCUGCUGUCCGAGGAGGAGGACAAGCUGCUGGCGUCGUUGAAACGACUAGACGCGGACAUCCUACGAAGGGGCCUUAUGGCCGCCGGCAUCAUCAAUGACCCCCUGCUGCAGCAGCAGCAGCAGCAGAACAGCGUUGCCGGGGGACCGCCGCCGCAGGCGGCGGCGGCGGCAGCAGUGGGCGCAGCGGCCAAGGGCAGCAGAGUUGCACCGCCACGCGCCGCCGCAUCCAAGGCCGGCGGCGGUGCCGCGGCGGCGGCGGCGGCGGCCUCUCCGCCCCUUACAAAUUCUCUCCAGCAGGACCAACUGCGGGAGAGCUUGGAGCGUUUGGAUGUGCGGCUGGGGGCGUUACGGCGCAAGAUGGAAGAGCGCGCGUGCAGCCUUGACAGCCCUGCGGCCGGUGGCGGCGGCGGCGGCGGCGGCGGCGCGCCUCGUCAAGAUGCCGCACCGCUUUCAAGGGAGGAGCGUCGAGGCCCACCUGCCGCGUUGGCAAAGUCUCGUACGCCGACACCCAACAAGGCCAAAGCCAUUCGCGACCAACGGCAGCAGCAGAUGAGUGCCGGACAGGGCCCCACGCCGCCGCCGGCACGCGCUGCAGCGUUAUCGUCGGCUGCGCCGCCACCCAAGCCAGCGUCAGCGCCCACGAUGGGGACCAUGGGCACUGCAGGGGCGGUGGCGGCGGCGGCGGCGGAGCCGUCGCUUCUCCAAGCACAGCAGCAGUUUCUGCAACCAGCGGCUGCUGCAGCCGCUGCCGGAGGCGGGGCCGGCAGCGGCGCCGCGCUGGCGGGAGCCCAGCCGUACGGCAUGCCGCCACGUGCACCGGCCGCCAAGGCGCCGUCGAGUGCGCCGUCGGGUCCAGCGGUGGUGAACGCCGCCCAGCAGCAGCAGCAGCAGCAGCAGCAGCAGCAGCAACAACACCAGCAGCAGCAGCAUUUCCAGCAACAACAGAUGAUGGCAGCGGCAGCGGCGGCGUUCGGUGGCAUGCAGGGGUAUCCCCCCGGCGGCGGCGGCGGCGGCAUGAUGCCCAUGUUCGCUCCUCCUCCUCCUCCUUCGCAACAACAGCAGCAGCAGCAACAGCAGCAAGGAUCAGGGCCAGCCGCAGGAGCACAGCAACAGGUGGCGUAUGUUCCAGCAAUGUUACCGAACGGGCAGAUGGCGUUCGUACCGCAGUACAUUCAACCUGGCGGCGGCGGCGGCGGCGGUGCCUCGGCCGCCGCCGGUGUUUUCCCAGGUUUCCUCCAAGGGGCGGCGGCGCCGGCGGUCGGAUUUGGCCAGGCAGGGCCGGCGCAGCAGCCGAUGAUGCUGAUGAUGCCGACAGGGCAAAUGAUGCCGACAGGUACGACAGCGUUUUCGGGAAUGCAGCCGAUGCAGCAGCAGCAGCAACAGUACGGCGGUGCUGGGCCAAUGCUGGCGUGGGGUCCUGGACCGGUACAGGUUGCGCCGCCGCCGCCGCAGCAGCAGCAGCAGCUGCAGCUGCAAAACGUGCCGUACGGUAGCGGCGGCGGUGCUGGCCCUAGCUUGUAUUCCUUCGACCGCUCUGGGCCGUCUGGACACGGCGGCGGCGGGUACCGCCGUAGCUCUCAGGAUGGUAGUACGGCAGGCGGGUACGGCCAACCGCAGCCGCCGCAACAGCAGCAGCAGCAGCCGGCGGCACCGACACUGCCGUACGCUACAGGUCCGCCACCUAGCGGCCCGAUGCCGCAUUACCAAAGCACGGUGAUGCGGAGUCGAAGCAUUGGCAGCCGAGACGGCGAGGCUGUGGCGGCGGCGGCCGCCGCCGUUGGUUUAAUCAGCCCCCCUCAACAGCACCCCACAUCCCAACACCAACAUCACCAACACCACCAACAUCACCAAUAUGACGCCCAACAGCACCAGCAACUACAAAACAUGCAAAUCCCGAGCCAUGCAUUCCCUGCCCAGCAGCAACAUCACAUGCCGUACGGUGACCAGUACGGCGCCGUACCGCAGCAAAGCCGUGAUUCGUACAGCCAACAGCAGCACCAGCAUAAUCCCCAUCCUCAUUCUCAUCCGGGUCAAGCACCAUCAUCAAUAUCACCAUCACCAUCAUCAUCAGGACACGGCACUUCCUCGCAACAGCACACUGUACAGGUCCAAUCCUUCGGGCCUAACGGCAGCAGCCGCGGCCUGGGGGUGGCGGGUGGCUGGGGGCCGGGGGGGGCGGGAGGCGGAGAGGACGCGGGGGUUAUUAAGGCAGUGAACUUGGGCUUGUUACUGUCUUAG